AAGCAGUGAGGCGCAGUGACAGGCGGCGGUCCUCUGACGGUGGGACGUUUUAGCCAAAAGAUUCUGAGGAAACAAACUAAUCACCUUCAUGUCGACUCUGUUGGAUACGAACCCGCCGAUGCUAUGGUUACCUUUAUUACGAUUUUGCAGGUGAAUCUAGUGAUGUCCAUCCUGCUGUAUGUGAUGGUCCUUGUUUACCUCUAUGGUAUCCAGGCAACCAACAUGGGCAGCAGUCGACACGGGCAACAGCAUCAGCAGCAGCCAAGUCCUGACCCGUUAAACUCUCUCAUAAUCCAGCUCCUUCAGGCUGACCUAACGAGAGGGAGAACCAGGGGAAACCAUAGCCAGCAGGGAAAAAGCAGGGACUCUGAGCUGCAGGAAACACUUCCUCCUCUCCUGAGUGAAAACUUUCCUUUCAAGGAGCUGGGUGAUGAGGAGCAGUGGGAAACAGGAGUUCGAAGUGGCGGUGCUGUCGAGCAGCAGGUGAUGCUGCUGAACUCGGACCUCCUCAGGAAGCAAAAAAGAUUUAACUCACCUCGGGUGCUGCUGAGCGACCGGCCACCACUGCAACCUCCGCCACUGUAUCUCGCGGAUGAUUUUGUAAGCAUCAGACCAGACGGAGGCGCAGCAGGAAACAAGACACGAAAGAAACGUUACGCUGAGCACAGGAGCUACCGUGGGGAGUAUUCUGUCUGUGACAGCGAGAGCCACUGGGUGAUAGACAAAACCCAAGCUGUGGACCACAAGGAGCAGUCUGUGACUGUUCUGGCCAAAAUUAAAACCAGUGCCACACAGGAAAUCAAACAGUACUUUUAUGAGACGCGCUGUCGGACCACCAUGCCCUUCAAAGGGGGCUGCAGAGGAAUUGAUGACAAGAACUGGAACUCGCAGUGCAAGACGACGCAGACCUACGUUCGAGCGCUAACACAAGUUCGCAAUUCAGUGGGAUGGAGGUGGAUACGCAUAGAUACAUCCUGUGUGUGUGCAUUGUCAAGGAAACGCCACAGGACGUAAGCAAAGCCUUGCUGGGUGCUACCUUUCCUGGAAUUCUACUUCCUGUUUGGGAUUUUAUUUCCACAGAACUCCCUGCUAUA